AUGAAGAUCCAGUGCAACGCGUGCGGGGCCGCGGAGGCGCGGGUGCUGUGCUGCGCGGACGAGGCCGCGCUCUGCGUAGCCUGCGACGAGGAGGUGCACGCCGCUAACAAGCUUGCCGGGAAGCACCAGCGGGUGCCGCUCCUGACCGACGCCGACGCCGCCGGGACCGCCGCCGCGGCGCCGGCCGUGCCCAAGUGCGACAUCUGCCAGGAGGCUUCUGGAUACUUCUUCUGCCUAGAGGACCGUGCACUACUUUGUAGAGACUGUGAUGUUGCUAUACACACAGUGAAUUCCUUUGUUUCAGUACACCAGAGAUUCCUGCUAACUGGAGUUCAGGUGGGUCUUGAUCCUGCUGAUCCAGUUCCACCUAUUGCUGAAAAGCAUGUUAAUGCUGCUGGUGGAUCAGUAAAUCAACCAGCGAAACAUCUGCCAAGGAGAAGCCCGACAGUUCAAUUUUCAGUUGAAGGCAGUGCUUCUGUUCCAAGCAAAAAUGUAACAAAUGGAGAUUAUUCAAGGCAGAAUUCUGUUCCAACAGCCAGGGCAGAAGUGGUUGAUUGGACUAUGAACAAUAGUACAAUUCGGUCAGUAGAAUCCCCGCUUAAGUACAUGUCAGAGGAAAGUCCAACACUUCUGCAAUCUAGCCAGACCACAACAGCCUUCUCCAACCAAAUUAACGGCAAUAGUGAUGGGGCCUACCACUUGUCAUUCUCAGGUGGUAAUGUGACAGACAGUCUACCAGAUUGGCCUGUGGAAGAGUUCUUCAGUAACUCAGAAUAUGGUCCAAACUUUGGCUUCUCCGAGCAUGGUUCUUCUAAGGGUGAUAAUGCUAAGCUGGGGAGUGCUGGUGGAUCUCCACAGUGCCGUUUAGCCGAAGGCUCUGUUGCUGAGGAACUAUUAGGGCAGGUGCCUGGAUUGAUCACAGAUGAAUAUAUGAGCCGAGCACCUGAGAAUUCAUGGACAGUGCCUGAGGUUCCCUCGCCACCAACAGCCUCGGGGCUCAAUUGGCAUGGGAAUUUGUGUUUCCCUGCAUAUGACAGCACCAUGUUUGUUCCUGAAAUUACCUCCCUCCAGAACUCCCAAAAUCAGUUCGCCAUACCUUCCAGUUUCAAGCGCCGGAGAAGAGAGUAUUGA